AUGCUUCUGCGUGAGAGCAGUAAGUUUCCUUCGUAUAAUUACAGGACGUACGCGGUGCGGAGAGUGCGCGACGCUUUCAGAGACAAUCGCUCGGUUCAGGAGCCAGAGCUGCUGAACCGUCUGCUACAGGAAGGAGAGCAAAGGCUGCAGAUGAUCCGGAGACAGGUGUUGGUGGGACAGUUGUAUGCAACACAAAAAUCCAUCAUCGAGUGA